AAAGGGUGUUUUUUGCAAUUUGUAAAAAAAAAAAGGGCCCAUAUAAUGGAAUGGGCCCAGUUGCCAUGCCUUCGUGCUUUACGGUUCCAAUUUUUAACAGGGUUUUUGUUCCUAUUCCUUUGCACGCACGUUAUACCGUCAUGCGAUUCGCACGUGAUAGGGUCAUGCGACUCGCACGUGCCUAGAAAUUCCUGCAUCUUCCGCCGCGAAAACUGAAAUCAAUUAACCUCCCUGCGUUUGGUUUCUGCAAAAAAGGGAAGAAGAAUGGGCGAAGUUUCUAAAUCGACGAUGAAGAAGAAGAAGAAAAAGGGUCGCCCUUCUCUUUUAGAUCUUCAAAAGCGCUUCCUCAAACAGCAAAAGUUGCAGGAACAGCACCAACAACCGCUUAACGCUUUCGACUUUGCCUCGAACCCUAGCAACCCAUCUUCUUGUCGGAAUCGCAAUGUUCAACCGGCAACAGACCGCGUCCCCAGCGCCGCCGCCGCCUCCUCCGCCGCCGCAGACGACGACGACGACGAGCGCAUUGAGAAGAAGCAUAAGCCCUUACUCGGUUUAACUUCUCGUCAAAACUAUCCAACAUCGUCCGGUUAUUCUUUGCGUAAACCGGCCUCCUACGGUGAAGAUUCCGAGGCGUUCCUCAAGCGUCGCAGAAUCGGCGCCGCCCAGUUUGGAUCUUCUGAAGUGAGAGAAGAAAAAGCUUUGAAAGCGACAGACACUGCACAUGGGCCGCAGGUGGAGUCUGGUCCCACGACAACUUUGCCAGACAAAAAGUUGUUGAUUUUCAUCCUUGAUAGGCUUCAAAAAAAAGACACACAUGGAGUAUUUUCCGAACCCGUGGAUCCAAACGAGCUUCCCGACUACCAUGCCAUUAUUCAAAAUCCUAUGGAUUUUGGGACUGUGAGAGCGAAAUUAGAUGGAGGAGCUUACGCAAAUUUGGAUCAGUUUGAAGAAGACAUUUUUUUGAUAUGUUCAAAUGCAAUGAAGUAUAACGCUUCGGAUACUGUUUUCUUCCGUCAGGCACGAUCCAUACAAGAACUGGCGAAGAAGGAUUUUGAGAAUUUGAGGCAAGAGAGCAGUGAUGAAAGUGAACCAGAACAGAAAGUUGUGAGGAGAGGUAGGCCACCAGGAAAGAGCCUGAAGAGAUCAUUAGGCCUUGGUAACCCUAUCGAAAGUAAUGGAGCAGAGUUCUGCUCAGGUGCUACUUUUGCUUCCGGAUGUGAUGAUUCCUACAACGUCAAUGGUUACAAUUUGAGGAGAUCACGUUCCGCCUUCAGGCCUCUACCUGCAGAUCCUUUAGCAAGAACAUCUACAGCUCAACAUGGCGAAACUUUGGCCAGCUGGUUGCCUGAAUGGAAAAAUGAGUUUCCAGCUUCAGUUUUGAAGGGUGUUCUUAAGAGUGGAAAGAAUGAUAAUAUGGCUGUGAAUGAGAAUAGACGUGAUACCUACAAUUGUGCAAUGUCCUGCGGGAAUUGGCCAUCUGUCUUUGGUAACUUUGGUGGAGACUUGAAGCAACUAAUUACUGUAGGUUUGCAUGCGGAGCAUGGUUAUGCAAGAAGCCUAGCUCUCUUUGCAGCCGAUCUUGGUCCUGUAGUUUGGAAUAUUGCUUUAAGGAAAAUUGAAAGUAUUAGUCGGGAGCUGGGGCGAGUAUUGAUACAAGAAAUUGAAAUGCAACAGCAGAACCGAAUGUUGCCUCUGGAUGGAGGCUCAUCCAAAAUGAAAACAGUGGCAGAGAGCACUACGAUUCUUCCAUGUAGAAGCAUAUCUGGCUCCAAUAUUGGUGUUUCCAAUAAUUGUUUGAAACUCGGUGAAGAUGCUGAUAAUGAAAUUGAUAGAGUAAGAAAUUCCGAAAGUGAGACAGUAUUGCUAGACAGAAGUAGAGGUGUGAUAGGAUCAACAACUUGUAUACCGAACGAGCAGAACGAUCAGAAAAUGAUAGUUCCUUCAAACAUUCCUCACACAAAUGGUAAUCUUUUCCCCCAUUUUUCACAAGAAAUGAGAAUGGUAAGACUCGAUUCUAUUCUUGGUGGGACGUCUUGUUCAGACGCCUUUUCAGUCCCUUGUCAAAUGCAUGGUACAUCUCCAGCGAUCAACAAUGCUUCUUUCCAAAUCCCUGCCGGUGCUGGUGAUAUGGAUUUGUUAAACCAAGCUGGAAUGCCAAAACUUGCAGAAGAAGCAGCCUCUCAGUCGCACACUCCACGGCAUUCACUGUCCUGUGUCUACUUUCAGGACUCGAUCGAUACACAACAAGACGAGCGUAAUGAAAAGGGGCGUCGGCAAGAAUUAUCAACAUGUCCCGUGCUAGAUUCAAUCACCUUCAAUCCCGACCUUAAUUUUGGAUUAGGCUUGUCUGCUGCACCCAGUUCUAAUCUGCAGAUUCUUUCGCAAAUUCAACCUGAUUUAGUAUUGCAGCUCUGAGGACAUGUUAUUUGGUAUGUAUACGAUACAAAUUAAUGUUGCAGUUAUGUACAGACCAGAUAGUAACUCCAAUUUAUCUCAUUUUCUCGAUCUAGACCAUAGGGACUUGUACAAUUAUUGUCUAGAUCCACCUCAUUUAUCUGUUUACGUGGACAAGCCAAAACCAAAAAAUCAAUAUACAGGGAAAUUUUUAAGAACAA